AUGAGCUUCUUUCAGUCCCUUUGUAGCUUUCGAUUCAUCACCUGUGCGGGCGCUGUAUCCGAAACUGGUCAAUCAACAAAGUGCUCUAAAACAAUAACAAUAAGGUAUCAAUCACGCGGGCGUCGAGACGCCUGCUCCAACACGGCACGUAAACACACAAAAAUAUUCUCCGCGGUGAACAACUUCUUUGCUGAUUCACCGUUGGUGAAUCAGUUGAAGGGCAUCAUGACUCGACAAACGAGCAGUACGGAGCCCGGUCCGCCGGACGAAAGCCGAGCAGACAAUAGGGGGGCCCCGUCUGUCAACUUCGCUCUUAGCCCUUCAGAGAGCCAGUUAUCUGAGCGGUCGAUCUCCCCGACACAACGACAGGUUGCCUUCCUGAAGCCGGGCGCCAACGUCGCGCUCGACAGGAAGGCUUCCAUAGUGGACGAGAACACCGGCAUCACACGCACGCAAAUGAAAGAAUUCCGUGAAGCAUUCCGCCUCUUCGAUAAAGACGGUGACGGCACCAUUACCAAAGAAGAGCUGGGCCGUGUUAUGCGCAGCCUCGGUCAGUUCGCGAGGGUUGAGGAGCUACAUGAUAUGCUUCAAGAAGUUGACAGCGAUGGUGAUGGAAACGUAAGUUUCGAGGAAUUCGUCAAUAUCCUGUCUAAGUCCAUGUCUGGGGCUGGUGGUGGUAGCAGCUCUGCUGAGCAGGAGGAGAGAGAACUGCGAGAUGCCUUCAGGGUAUUCGAUAAACAUAACCGAGGGUACAUUUGCGCUUCCGACCUUCGAGCCGUGCUGCAGUGUCUUGGGGAAGAUCUUUCGGAGGAAGAAAUUGAAGAUAUGAUAAAGGAAGUGGAUUCAGAUGGUGACGGGCGCAUCGAUUUUUUGGAAUUCGUCAGAGCACUCGGCGAGCCAGAAGACGCUUGUGAUGACGAAGAUGAUGAGGAUCUUAACGAAGGAACUGAUUUACUCCUAACGAGACCAGUGGCUGCUAAUUAAUUCAUAUCCUAUUUUGACUUUGUGAUUAGAUUAAUUAAAAAUGGUUGGUAUGAACACAAAUAUAAUGCCAACGUUAGUUGUGACAUGGUUGUGAUAACAACCUUAUGCAGUGAUUAAACAACAUGUCUUCUAUGGAAUAAGGUAGUUUUAAAAAUUUAAAAAUCUCAUAGUUAUGUCAAUAAGUCAAACGUCGAUAAGUUCGACCUGGUUCAUAUUAACUCAUACUGUCAGUCAGUUCGAUAGCUGCUUAUACUGUAGUUCAAAAUGUAGUGAGUCAGGAAGUAUCAUCACUUUUUUUAUAUAGAAUAGGAAGGCGGAUGAGCAUAUGGGCCACCUGAUGGUAAGUGGUCACCAACGCCCAUAGACAUUGGCAUUGUAAGAAAUGUUAACCAUCGCUUACAUCACCAAUGCACCACCAACCUUGUGAACUAAGAUGUUAUGUCCCUUGUGCCUGUAAUUACACUGGCUCAUUCACCCUUCAAACCGGAACACAACAAUACCAAGUACUGCUGACUCAGAUGAGCUUGCACAAAGCUCUACCACCCGUAUACCUGACAGUUAAUUCCUAGCAAUACGUCCGCUACGUGUAUCUUGGCCGAUAUUUUAAUCAGAUCCCAUUAAUGAGAAUAGUAUUGCCUUAUACAUAAUACAUAAGCCAAUAAACGUCCGGCCAUAAAUAUCGGAACGAUAAUAUUAUCGGAAACUACAAAUAAGUAUAAAGGACGAUAAAUGUCUUCGGCCGGCCUAAUAUGAACCAGUUCGA